AUAGUCAUUCUUGUUAUUAUUUCAUGUUGUGUCAAAGGUAUGAGGUGUGAAGAACAGAAUAUACGAAAGAAGAAUGAAAGUGUGCCAGCAAUCUUUGUGUUUGGGGACUCCAUAGUGGACACAGGUAACAACAACUACAUCAAAACCAUUGCGAAAUGCAAUUUCCCACCAUAUGGUAGAGACUUUGCUGCUGGAGGAUAUAAACCUAAUGGGAGGUUCAGCAAUGGUUUAGUCCCUUCAGAUUUCAUUGCUGAAAUAUUUGGAGUAAAAGAUAUUUUGCCACCAUAUCUGGAUCCAAAUCUGCAACUUCAAGAACUUCUUACUGGUGUAAGUUUUGCCUCGGGAGGCGCUGGAUACGAUCCUCUUACCUCAAAAGCAGCAGGUGCAAUGUCACUAUCAGAUCAAUUAGACAAAUUGGGGGAGUACCAAAAGAAGAUAAGGGAAGCAGUUGGAGAAAACAGAGCAGAAACAAUAGUAUCAAAGAGCAUAUACAUAGUGUGCCUGGGAAGUGAUGAUAUUGCUAACACUUACCUUCCAUUUAGACAAUCACAAUAUGAUAUUCCAUCUUACACUGACUUAAUGGCCUCACUAGCCUUCACAUUCUUAAAGGAGCUUUAUGGGGUAGGUGCUAGGAGGAUUGGAGUGGUUAGCAUGCCAAUUAUAGGGUGUGUGCCGUCACAGAGGACAGUAGAGGGAGGCAUAAAUAGAGCAUGUUCAGAUUUUGAAAAUCAAGCAGCAAUUCUAUUCAACAUGAAACUCCUCUCUCAAACAAAGCUCCUCAAUAAACAGUUUCCAUAUGCUAGGAUCGUCUACCUCGAUAUUUACAACACAUUAGAUCAUGUGAUUCAAAACCCAGCUCAAUAUGAUUUUGAAGUAGUAGACAAAGGAUGCUGUGGAACAGGAAUUAUAGAAGCGAGCAUGUCCUGCAACUCCCUCAGCAUAAACACAUGUACGGAUGAUUCAAACUAUAUAUUCUGGGAUAGUUACCAUCCUACGGAGAAAGCCUAUAAAUUGAUCACUUCUAUGGUUCUCCGUGACAAAAUCAACGACUUCUUUUGACACUGGU